UGUCACUACAGAAAACAUGGCGGACCGGCUAACACAACUUCAAGACGCUGUCAAUUCGCUUGCCGAUCAGUUUUGUAAUGCCAUCGGCGUCCUGCAACAAUGUGCGCCUCCUGCAUCCUUCAGUAACAUCCAGACGGCUAUCAACAAGGAUCAGCCAGCAAACCCAACCGAAGAAUAUGCCCAGCUGUUUGCAGCUCUUAUAGCCAGAACAGCCAAAGACGUGGAUGUACUAAUUGAUUCUCUGCCCAGUGAGGAAUCCACAGCAGCUCUGCAGGCGGCCAGUCUGCGGCAGCUGGAGGAGGAGAACCACGAAGCAGCCGCUCGUCUGGAGGAGGUGGUUUACCGCGGCGAUAUGCUGCUGGAGAAGAUCCAGAGCGCUCUGGCCGACAUCGCCCAGUCUCAGCUCCGCACUCGCAACGGGGCGCCCAGCCAGCCGUCACCAGCCGAGUCCUGACGGGGCAGGAUGCCAUUUCGGACAAUUUUCAGUCAUUUCGCUCAUAUUCUGACUGUUUAUUUUGACACCAACUACAAGCCUCAAAACUCUCAGACACAGCUCAGCGUGUCAAAUGUGUCUGAGUGAAAAUCUAAAUGCUAACCAGUUUUCUAUGGAGGAGAGAAAUAGGAUUCUUUCAUGAUAUUUUCUUGUGCCCUCUAAGUAAGUAAGUGAGUAAACACAGCAUCCAUUCACAGGAAGUUUAGAAAAAUACUUUCUCUCAGCCCUGCAGAGUCUGAUCUGUCAUUUUUGUAUGUUUUCUGUACAGUAUAUGUUGUAUAUUGAUGUCUGUUGUAGAUAUUUAUGAAUGAAAUAAUCUUAGCUCAUGUUCACUCCUCAGUCUGCUUUAAACAGUUACAGGCCUCAGCUCACUGUAACUCCACGGCUGAUGAGUCUUUCCUUUUUUUUAAUAAACUUUGGACAAACA